UUGGUAAAUGUGUGUGUGUGUUGAUGUGUGCAAGUCCCCAAAGUUUGGUUCCACAUGUGAAGAUUAUUGAAAAAUUUGAGGACACCCAAAAAUGGAGGCAACAUUUUUAAACUUUUGUGAUGAAAAUUUUACAACUUUGUCCCAUUUUUGCCGAAAGGAUGAACCAGAUGAUCCAGACAGUGGUCUGCUUGAUUUAAUUCAUGAUGACUUCUCAUACCAGGCAUCAAACUUUGGGGUGGCAAUGGAUCUCUGGGAAACUGAACAAGAUUCAAACAGUGAUUCAUCAGUUCUACCAGUCACCAUUCCACAAGAGGGAAGCUUGUCCCGAAUUGAUCAUAGUAACAAGGAAGAUUUCCAAAAAAUGCUGUUGGAUUGGCAGGAACAUUUGGGAUCAUUGCAGGUGUCAGAUACAGAAGAAAUAGAUGCUGUGCCAGAGCAGCUACCAGACAACAUAUUUGAAGAUCACAUAUAUGACAGCAUGUUUACAGAGAAACCAAUAUUUACUUCCGUAACUUCGAAGUCAACACCAAGUAUAUCUAUUAAGGAUGAUGAUAUCAACAUCUAUAACUUGGAUGAGUUGUUGGAUUGUGCAGAUGAUAAUGAUGACAAAUUACCUAUAAAAAUUCAUGAACAUGUACUCAGAAAAAUGGGACAGUUUAAAGUGGAUCCAGUUGCUAAGCCUGAGAUAAAGGCGGUGGUGAAGUCAGAAUCUGAGAUACGUGAAGCUGGAGGAGAACAAUCAAUAGAUAAAAAUAAUCAAAGAAAAUCUGUCAAAUUGGAACCUAGAAUUUCAGUGAAGAAGGAAUCAUAUGUUGAUUGCAAGUUUAUGAAAAUUAACAACAUUAAUGAACAGUUAGCGACAGCAGAAUUUGCCAAAGGUGCAAAUACUCUUUCAGAGCAAAAUGAUAGUUUUGAACUGUUGAACUGUGAUCCUUUAAAGAUGGAAGAAGAACUGUUAAAAACAUUCCCAAAAAUAAAAGUUGAACCAUCAGAGCUGGAUCUCAAACUAGAAGUUGAUGAAGAUUGUGUAGACAUUGAGACAGUAUCUGAACAGAUUCCAGUUCUUGAAGCAGGUGAUCUUAAGAGUCUGCUAGAACAGUUUGAGGCAUCAGAAGCAGUAAGCCCUAACAUAGUUACAGGAACUGCAACAUCACUGCAGCAGCAGAUGCCAGCUGACAGUGCACUGGGCAGAGAUAAAGCAGAUACACCAGCCACUGCUGCUACAAGUGCUCCCUCCACUAGCAUAGUUUCUGCACCUAUCAAGCCUCCAAUUACUUUACCUUCCUCAGGUCAGCAGGCGUUGCCGAAUGUUACCACAUCAGUUACUACCUCAGUUGUGAGCACACUAAAAACACACACCCCUGCACCACAUGCUACAUCUGCCAUUCCUUCUUGUCUCAAAAUUUCUAAUUCUGCAACUCGACCACUUCUUAAAUCCCUACAUUUGUCUCAGUCGGUAUCUGCAGUAUCUGUUGCAGCCAAUCAAUGUCCCAAAGAAUCCAAGUUGUUUGACAAUUCGUCACCUUCAACAUCUGUAGCAAGCAGUGGGAGCAGCAGUCCAGUGUCGCAACCAACUACACCACCCCAGUCAAACCAUAAAAUCCAGGAGUCAUUAUCUGCUGCACUUAUAGAGAAACUAAAGGCCAGUGGCCGCAAGAAAACAAUACCAGUUAUACCAGCGAUGCCAACAAAACGUUCAGGGAGAGGUGCCACCCGAAUGCAAGAUGCUGGAGCUGCUCUCAGUAGAAACAAACUUCUGAAAAUUGUAGCAGGCGGUGAGUCCAUCCAACUGGACCAUGACUACUGCUCAAUGUCCAGUGGAACUGUUGAAGCCCCACGCCCUUUCUAUCACUCUGAUGCUUCAGAGUACUCAGUAGCACCAAAUGCCUCAUUACUGCUUCCGCAAGAGCAGCAGUUGAAACAUUCAUCAUCGACAGAUUGCUGGGAGAAUAGUUCACGGAAAGAUAGUGGCCUUGAGUCUGGAGAUGUUAGCGAUGCUAGUGAGGAAGCUGGAGGUUCAUCAGUUGUAACAUCUGUUGAUUGUGGCUCUGGUACAGUCAUCACGACACUUAAAAGUUCUGUGACUUCAGCACAGAUACAGCCUGGAACAUCACUUUUGAGGAAAAGCUUGAACACAGGACCCCAUGUGGCUAGUAAUUCAAACUCUCAGAAGCAAAAAUUGAAGCAAUUUCAGCAACAGCAACGACAGCAACAGCAACAGCAGCAGCAGAAUCAGCAAAUACCACAGCAACAGCAACAACAGAAUUUUCAAAAGCAGCAGCAGCAGCAACAGCAGCAGCAGCACCACCACCAUCACCACCACCACCAGAAAGAGCAGCAGUCUCCAUCUGCUCAGACUCAACAGGCUCCAAAGAAACGGAAGUUAAACUUGGAGGAAUAUCGUAAUCGGUUGAAAGAUCGUGAUCGUGCAAAGGACACACCAAUGGGAACUUCAAAAAUUAUUUCUGUUGCUGAUAUUCCUAUGCCUCCCUCCAAUACUGCAGCAGAAGUAAAUAAGAAAUCCACAGACAACGUUGAGUCCCGUGUGCGCCCAGAAAUGUGCAAUGCUGAAGUCCAGGCUGAUGUUUCGAAAGAAUUGGGUGCAACUUCAGACACCGAAAAAAGGUUAGGAAGGUUACGAGAUCACAGGCAUCGGCAGUAUAGAUCAAAAAGACAUUCUAGCUCUAGUUCCAGUGAGAGCUCACAAAGCUCAUCAAGUUCAUCUCGUAGUUCUUCAUACUCCCCGUCAAGAAAACAAAGACGACAGAGAAAUCGCAGCCGCCAUCGCAGGAGGUCACGAUCCAGACGGCGGACAAGUAGCAAACGUAGGCACUCGAGCGCAUCCCGUUCUUGCUCUCGGUCAUCCUCCUCAAGGUCCAGUCGUGGAGGCUCAUCUUCAAGUUACUCAUCUCGAAGUCGCUCGAGAUCUUGGAGUAGCGGAGCUCGUUUUCGAUCAAGGUCAUGGUCCCGAUCCCGAUCCAGGUCCAGAUCGAGGUUGCGCUGGAAUUCUCGCCCCUCCCAUCACAGCGGCAGACCACGGCGUGACGGAUAUGCAGAUCGUUGGCAGAGGUCACGUUCUCCAUUCCGUGGACCACGCUGCAGAAACAUCUCCCAGAUAAGUGACCGUGAAAAACAGCGUCAAGUUGAGGAACGCCGAGUCAUUUAUGUUGGGCGCAUUGAUGAAGGAACAUCAAAGGCUCAGUUGCGGAAACGUUUUGAAGUAUUUGGUCCAAUUAUUGACAUAAGCGUUCACUUCCGAGAACAUGGGGACAAUUAUGGGUUUGUAACAUAUAUGUAUAAAAAGGAUGCCUAUGAAGCUGUUGAACAUGGCAAUGAUGAUCCACAUCUUCCGCAAUAUGACCUGUGUUUUGGAGGUCGGAGAGCAUUUUGUAAGACAAGAUAUGCAGAUUUGGAUGGUCUGGCAACAAGCAAUGACAGUGUAGGACAGUUUCCAGCAAGAGGACCGAACGUGAAGAGUAGGCAAGAGGACUCCUUUGAUCUGCUUCUGCGAGAAGCACAAGCUACAAUUAGAAAACGUAGUAAAGUUUGACAUAGGUGUAGUCACCUAGGAGUGAUUUUCUUAAAAGUAUUUCUUUUUUGUUAGGGGGAGAAAUUAUAACUUAUUUCUAAAGCUGUAUGUUACUGGUGUAGUGUUUUGCGAGAUGUGUUCCACUAGUGUCAUGUCUUUUAUAAUGUCAUAUAAAUAUGGGUAAAUGGAGCAUGACAAUUUAAUGUCAGCUGCAUGGUUCUCACAGCUGUUUGUAUAUGUAUAAAUAUAUAAUGGAAUAUGUGGAAAGCUCAGUCACAGUUAUUUGUCUGGGUAAAUUUGUUAAUUUCGUUAUUUACGUGUGAGUAUAAACACUCAUUGAUUUGAGUGCUACUUUUGAAUACAUUGUAUUCAUAAUGAUCUCUGGUCUUGUUUACCCUGCUAAGAUAACAAAGAAACUGAAAUAAUGAAAGUUCUCUUGAGAAACUAAGAACCUCUUUUUCCUUGAAUAUUGAAAUUACACUUAAUUGGAAAUGCUCAUUUACGAACACAAUAUAUUUUGGAUACAAACAAAAGUUACACCGUUAAUUAGAUUCCUGCAUGGCUUUCGGUGUACAUUUUGAGGAAACUGUGUUUAGCACCUAUUAUGAAGCAGUAAAAUAUAGGUGCAUGAGAUGUGUGAUGCUCACAUUGUGUUUCCUCAUUAGCAACCACUGCAUUUUUUUAGUCAUUCAUUGUUUCACAACUUUUAAAAAGAUUUGACAAAUAAUAUUUUAAUGAUGCAUGUCAUUUUUAGUGUGACCAGGGACAAUAUAAUGUGCAAAUACUUGUGGUGAAAUUUAAUAUGUAUUUCAUAUUUUUAUACAUGUGUGUGCAUGUGGUGUAUAACAGACACAAUUUGUAUGUCAGUAUUGGGCAGAGAAUCACCAGAAUAAGUACAACACUAAAAGUUGAGCCAUUUUUUAACAAAUUAUUGUUCAUCAUCAUGCUGCAUUAAUGCAAGUACUGUUUGCAUCAUUCUUUAGUGGAAUUCUGCAGCAGUGGUCAUAAUUUACUGUAAUUUAAAAGUUCAUAUUUGUUUGCCAUGGGCAGGCCAAUUACUGUUCUUGCCAUUGCAAAUAUUAGUUGUAACCCUUCUAUAUUUUUUUUCAGAAAUUUUUGUUUAUUUAACAUUGUUCCUCAGGUGUAUAAUUUGUAAAAGUGCUGGCUAAAGAGUACUUCCUACAUGAAAUUUCAGCCAAGUAAAGACAGAUAUAAGCUGCUUACAAGGAGAGAUUUCCAGUGGUGGGACCAACGUUUUGAAGCAAUCUAUACGGUGAUGUAGAACAGCAUCCAGGGAAUCUCACAUUGCAGUCCUUCUACCUGGUGGACCCUCGUUUGCAAGUAAUCAGCAAAAAAAUAUUUUGGAAUUUCGCAUGGUGUUCUAUUAUAGCUUUAAAAAUAGUAUCAGUUAACAGAUUGCUUACUUAGUGUCAUGGUUUAGGUACUAGCGUGACACUAAAAAGUUUGUCAGUUCGAAUAUCGGCAGGUACAUUGAAAUAUUUUUAUUUUAAAAUCUUUAUCAAAAUGACUAUUCAUCAUUUUUUUUAGUUAAAUGGUUUAAAUGUAACUUUUUAUUUUUUCCUUUGUCACUUCUUUUUUUUCCU